GAAAGGAUGGCGAACCAGGCCUCGCCGACCAACCAUGGUCUAGUUCGACCAUGUCCCUAGUAGAAGAGGUCAGCAUUGAUGAGCCCCAGCCCUCGGUGGUUAUCCACUGCUGAAGCCCCAUGGAGGCAUUCCACUUCCACGACGCCACUACGCCAGACAUGUCGAUGACAACGGCCUUGCCAGGUGGUCAGAGACAACCCCGGCCGGAGAACUCUGGACCAAGAAACAAUAAUUCGAUCGGAAGAAAGGCGAGGCGCCUGCCUGCCUCAAACCCACGGCUACAAGCAAACCGCGCCCAACUAUCUGAGCUAGUCUCACUGUUUCCCUCGCGCGAAGUGGCAGCGUUGCUGGUUGACACGUACUUUGAUCGGGUUCAUUGGUUCAUGCUUAUCUUCCAACAGGACGACUUCCGGCGGACUUGGCAGCAGAUGUACGAUUAUCCUGUCGAGGAGUUGAUAAGUGUCUACCCGAAUCCCGGGUUCAUUGGCACUUUCCUGGUGGUCAUCGGUAUUGCACUGCGAUAUACUGGCGCGCACCGGCGCCAUCUGCUGCAGGCGCACAACGUUGACCCAACGGCUUUCGAAGAGAAGAUUUUGUCAACAGUCCAAGCCCAUCUACUGGACAUCAUCUCUCUCGGGUCCCUGGAGGCAGUGCAGACCUGUGUGUUGCUCGGGACCUAUUAUCUCUUCCACGGCAACCCCGAACUCGCUUGGCCCGUGUGCGGCUGCGGUUUGCGAAUCGCACAGGCCCUGGAUUUGCAUCGUAAGAUGCCCAGCAGAGGGUCUACGUCCACAGAGAUGCAUCGACAGUACGAGACUCGAAAACGCUGUUGGUGGGCCAUAUAUGAGAUCGAAACAUUUUGCUCCAUGUCGUACGGCUACCCUCAUGGGAUCAAGGACUCGGACUGCGAUGUUGAAUUGUUGAAUCCGUUGGCCAGGUCCUCUACUGGCCAGUCGCCUGCGACUUUUGAUUCGACACACCAGUGUCCAGCCAAUCUUCUAAGCUAUAAGUAUUUGAUGUCCAAGCUGUCGAGACUCAUCAAAGACGUCCUUACGGGCCUCUAUGGUCUCGGGUUCCACGGGGGUAUAUCUGGCAGGCCAGGCGGCUUAUCUAGCCUACAGAGUCUCAUUCGGAAAGUAUCUGACUUGGAUAUUCGGCUGCAAAGAUGGAAUGCAGAGAUACCUGAUCUGUUGCGCCUCGACACGCCUACCGCCUCUUCUACUUCAUCGUAUGGCUCUGUCGAAGAGAUGGACCGGGACAUUGGCGCUUCUGGCCCCAACUUUGAGAAUCACAUCUACCAGCUCCAGGCGCUUUCUCUCAAGCUCGCCUACGAGAACGCUCGGAUCUUAGUCCACCGCCCGCUGAUCGCGUACAAAAUGGUCCGUCGAGCAGACAACGAGAUCGACCGCACGACGAAUAAUCCGACUCAAGACCCUCUCCAGCUGUCCAUGCGGGCUUGUCGAGACGCGGCCCUGAAGACUUCCGAGCUUGGAACGACUCACAUCUUUUCUCUCGCCGCCGACACCUAUGCAGCGUCAUUUCUCGGCAUCCAUACCUUCACAGCUGGCCUGACGCUCUGUAUCUUGAGCAGCAUCGAGCCUCUUUCCCCGCAGUCCUACCUAUCCAAAAUCGGUCUGCGCCAACUGAUGAGCAUUCAGGCGCGUCUCAGGUCAGGGUCACGAUCGGCUCUUGCUGCCCAGGGCUUGGACAUCCUCAAGCGCUUGACCAAGUUGGUCCUGGAAAAAGAAUACAAAGACAUCACAUUCUCGGAAGCCGAAGCAGCACCACUGCCAAGCCAAGGUGCCGACAUGGACAGUAAUGUGGAUCGACAACAAGUGACCGAGAACAUGCCUGAUUACCAUACGACUCAUCUCGAAGGGAGCAUGGGCGCAGACCCAACGGUUGACUAUAUAGAAGAUCCGGCCAUGUCCCAGGCCCUCUAUGACUUUGACCAAGUGCUCUCCGGCGACAAUGCGGAUGGCCCUCUCGAGCCUCUUUUCCCUGAUCUAGUCAGUCUGGGCACUGGCUUUGGGCAAGAACAGGCUUGGAUCUGGGGAAUCGACAGUCUGGCUCAAUGGCCAGACAUACGAUAACCAACUAUGGAUCAUUCAGACAUACGGUGACCAGCUAGGGGAUCAUUGUCAUUGGCAUAGGGCUGUUGCAUGUUAGCUUUGCG